UAAGGAGGAGGAGGAGAAGGAGGAGGAGGAGGAUAGACGCACGAGAGCCGCGGAGCCAUUUUGUCGUCAUUUUUAAACUCCGUGGGCUGGAACGCAGCUGCUGCGCGCCGUGGAUCCACUGACACUAUGGAUACAAGUUAAAACUUCCAACAUGAAGGAUAAACGUAAAACGCGCCGCUGGGAGAGGGAGAGUUAACGCAAAAAAAGCUGUUUUGUGGAUAUGUCAAGCAUGGAGCUGUGGAGUAUUUGGAUUUGGGUUUGUGCCCUCAACGCGCAGCUUGUGGCAUGUUUGGAGAUUCACCUCACGGAGACUUUACAAGCCGGGACCCUCUUAGCGAACCUGUCCCUCGGACAGGGAUGGACUUAUAAACUUGACAGGACUUUAUCUCCUGAAAACACAUGGAAUAUUUUCCAGGUUGGGAAGCACAGUGGACUUAUCAGACUGUCCCAGAAAGUGGAGUGUGCGCGCAUGCUGAGGAACCCUGCGCCGGUUCACUUCAGAAGCAAUUCGCCUAAUUCCGGAGAUGAGGUCUUGACACAUUUCAGCGUGUUUGUCCACGGACAGGACUGUUUCAUUAAAUACAAGAGAAAGACAACUCCAGACAAGGUGGACGUUCACAUUAAACACUCUUUAGAACUGGUGAUGGCGUCCUGUCUACCUGCAGGGGAUUUGCUUUUUAACACAACACAACUUUUACCUUCUUUAACAAGGAGCACCACCUUUCUGGACACUAUGUGUGUUGGACAACAUUUAGCCGCUCUGUUUAGACAGGGAGGUUUGUAUUUUGUCAGUGACUUGUGUCCUGAGAGUAUCAGGACGCUGGAUUUGGACUGUCGGCUACACAGCUCUGAAGGCAUCCGACUCAACAUGCAGCUCACUUUGUCUUUUGGAAAAGUAUCUAAACACGGAUCCAUACAUGAGACAGUUGAGGGAAUGACUAGGGAAUCAACCCGGAGAGGUAAGCGACAGGUCAACACGGCCCCCCAGUUCCAGCUACCAAACUACCAGGUGUCUGUGCCUGAGAAUGAGCCUGCCCGGACGCGGGUCAUCACCCUGAAAGCCACAGACCCAGACGACGGCGAGGCUGGGAGGCUGGAGUACGGAAUGGAAGCAAUGUUUGACAGCAGGUCCAAUGACUUCUUCACCAUUGACACUCAGACAGGCAGCAUAGCAACCAUCCAAGCGUUAGACCGAGAAGUCAAAGACACGCAUGUUUUUAAAGUGACUGUCAGUGAUAACGGGACGCCGAAAAGACACGCCACUUCUUACCUCACUGUCACUGUGAGCGACACCAACGACCACGGCCCGGUGUUCGAGCAGAAUGAGUACAGAUUCAGCAUACGUGAGAAUGUCGAAGUUGGCUUUGAAGUGAUGACCAUCCGUGCUACUGAUGGGGACGCCCCAGCUAACGCUAACAUGAUCUAUAAAAUAAUAAACAGCGAUGGCGUUAAUGUCUUCGAGAUAGAUCCCCGGAACGGCUUGGUAAGGAUCCGAGAGCGACCAGACAGGGAGACGAGAGCUCAGUACCAACUGAUUGUCGAGGCUAACGACCAAGGCAAGGACCCCUGUCCUCGUAGCGCCACCGCAACGGUUCACAUUUCUGUGGAAGACGAGAACGAUAACUACCCACAAUUCAGCGAAAAGAGGUACGUCGUGCAAGUGCAGGAGAACGUGGCCAUCAACACCAAAGUCAUCCAAGUCGAGGCGACAGACAAAGACGAAGGGAACAACGCUAAAGUCCACUACAGUAUAAUCAGUGGCAAUGUCAAAGGUCAGUUUUACAUCCAUUCGCCGACUGGUGUCAUUGAUGUCAUCAACCCUCUGGACUACGAGAUGAUCCGGGAGUAUAAUCUGAGAAUAAAAGCGCAAGAUGGCGGCAGGCCUCCGUUAAUAAACGGCACUGGAAUGGUGGUGGUGCAAGUGGUUGACGUUAACGACAAUACCCCCAUGUUCGUCAGCACGCCUUUCCAGGCUACCGUUUUGGAAAACGUAGCAAUCGGCUACUCUGUCAUUCACAUUCAAGCAAUCGAUGGCGAUUCCGGGGAGAAUGCCAGACUGGAGUAUCGGCUAACUGAUACCCCUCCCGGUUUCCCGUUCACCAUCAACAACAGCACCGGGUGGAUUACAGCAAGUGCAGAACUGGACCGGGAGACGACUGAGUUCUACAGCUUUGGUGUGGAGGCCAGAGAUCAUGGCAUUCCUGUCAUGUCAUCCUCAGCUAGCGUUAGCAUCACUGUCUUAGACGUUAAUGAUAAUGUGCCGACAUUUACAGAGAAGAUCUACUCGCUUAAAAUCAACGAGGAUGUCGAUGUCGGGACAAGCGUGCUAACGGUGACCGCUCUGGAUCGGGAUGUCAACAGCGUAGUAACCUAUCAGAUUUCAAGCGGCAACACCAGGAACCGCUUUGCCAUCACCAGCCAGAGCGGCGGAGGUCUUAUCACUCUGGCCCUCCCGUUGGACUACAAGCAGGAACGUCAGUACGUUUUGACCGUCACCGCUAGCGAUGGAACCCGCUCGGACACUGCGCAGGUUUUUAUUAACGUUACGGACGCCAACACACACAGGCCCGUUUUCCAAAACGCCAACUACCAAGUCAUGCUCGGUGAGGAGCAACCAAUUGGAUCUACCGUGGUGGUGAUUAGCGCGACAGAUGAAGACACAGGAGAAAAUGCACGUAUCACAUACAUUAUGGAGGACAGCGUUCCUCAGUUUAAAAUAGACUCGGACACCGGUGCCAUCACGACCCAAAUGGAGAUUGAUUAUGAAGACCAGGCGUCCUACACCUUGGCCAUCAUUGCUAGAGAUAACGGCAUCCCGCAGAAAUCGGACACCACCUACGUGGAGAUUAUUAUCCUGGAUGCUAACGAUAACGCUCCUCAGUUUCUCCGAGACAUGUACCAGGGCAGCGUGUUUGAAGAUGCACCUGUCUACACCAGCGUCCUCCAGAUUUCUGCCUCAGACAGAGAUUCCGGUUCCAAUGGCAGACUAAGUUAUACAUUCCAGGGCGGUGAUGACGGCGAUGGGGAUUUCAUCAUUGAGCAAUAUUCCGGCAUCAUCAGAACAGCUCGGAAGCUUGACAGAGAGAACGUUCCUGUUUAUAAUCUGAAAGCUUUUGCUGUAGAUCGGGGGGUUCCUCCUCUAAAAGCAGCUGUUCCCAUACAUGUUGUCGUUCAGGACAUAAACGACAACGCUCCAGUGUUUGAGAAGGAUGAGUUGUUUAUUGACGUAAAGGAAAACAGCGCAGUCGGAUCCGUUAUUGCCCGGAUCACCGCCACCGACCCCGACGAGGGCACAAACGCUCAGAUCAUGUACCAGAUAGUUGAAGGGAACUUUCCACAGAUUUUCGAGCUUGAUAUCUUCAACGGAGAACUCUAUUCACUCAUAGACCUCGACUAUGAAACCAAAACGGAGUACGUCAUCGUGGUCCAGGCCACCUCUGCGCCUCUUGUGAGCCGAGCCACUGUGCACAUCCGAUUGGUGGACAUGAAUGACAACAGACCAGUGCUACGAGACUUUGAGAUCAUUUUCAACAACUACGUCACCAACAAGUCCAAUAGUUUCCCAUCAGGUAUCAUCGGGAGGGUACCCGCAUAUGACCCGGACGUGUCGGAUAAGUUGCGGUACACCUUUGUGUCUGGAAAUGAGCUCAGUCUACUUCUGCUUAACGAGGACACGGGGGAUUUGCGGCUAAACAAGGACUUGGAUAAUGACAGACCAUUAGAAGCGCCCAUGAUCAUCUCCGUCACAGAUGGUAUCCACACCAUCUCAUCCCUCUGCACCCUCCGCGUCACCAUCAUCACUGACGACAUGUUGACCAACAGCAUCACGGUGCGCCUGGAGAACAUGUCCCAGGAGCGCUUCCUCUCGCCUCUGCUCAGCCGCUUCGUGGACGGCGUGGCGGCCGUGCUCUCCACCAAGCGCGAGGCCGUCUUCGUGUUCAACAUCCAGAACGACACCGACGUGCAGGGCUCCAUCCUCAAUGUCACGUUCUCGGCCAUGCAGCCCGGAGGAGGGCCGGGAAAGGGGACGUUCUUUCCUUCGGAGGAGCUGCAGGAGCAGAUAUACUUGAACAGGACUCUGCUCAGGCUCAUAUCUUCUCAGGAGGUUCUGCCAUUUGAUGACAACAUCUGCCUAAGGGAGCCCUGUGAGAACUACAUGAAGUGCGUAUCCGUGCUCAAGUUCGACAGCUCUCCCCCCUUCAUCGCCUCGGACACGGUUCUCUUCCGGCCCAUACACCCCAUAAACGGGCUGCGCUGCCGCUGCCCCACGGGCUUCACGGGGGACUACUGCGAGACCGAGAUCGACCUGUGCUACUCUGGACCAUGCAAGAACAACGGGAGGUGUCGCAGCAGAGAGGGCGGCUAUACCUGCGAGUGCUUGGAAGACUUCACCGGUGAGCACUGCGAGGUCAACGCCUCAUCGGAUCGCUGCGUGCCAGGCGUGUGCAAAAACGGCGGCGAGUGCGUCAACCGUCUGGCCGGCGGCUUCGUGUGCCAGUGUCAGCCCGGCGAAUACGAGAAGCCUUACUGCGAGAUGACCACGCGUAGCUUCCCCAGACAGUCCUUCGUCACCUUCAGGGGCCUGAGGCAAAGGUUCCACUUUACUGUCUCGCUCAUGUUUGCUACCAGAGAAAGGAACGCCCUGCUGCUCUACAACGGCAGGUUCAACGAGAAACACGACUUCAUCGCAUUGGAAAUCAUCGACGAACAGAUCCAACUCACCUUCUCUGGAGGUGAGACCAAGACGACAGUGUCCCCCUUCAUCCCAGGUGGCGUCAGUGACGGCCAGUGGCAUUCUGUCCAGCUCCAUUACUACAACAGGGACGGGGGGAGUCUUGUGGACUCCAGUGGGCUUCUGCGGCUCCCGCUCUAUACCGCCUGGCUGGAGCUGGCGCAGAAGGAGCCUAACAUCGGGCGCCUGGGAAUCCCCCAUGGACCCUCUGGGGAGAAGGUGGCAGUGGUUGCCGUGGACGACUGUGACAUCUCCAUGGCGAUACGCUUUGGGAAGCAGAUUGGAAACUACUCGUGCGCUGCCCAGGGAACACAGACCGGACAAAAGAAGUCACUAGACUUGACUGGGCCGCUAUUGCUGGGUGGUGUUCCCAACCUGCCUGAAGACUUCCCGGUCCGAAACAGACACUUUGUGGGUUGUAUGAGGAACCUGAGCAUCGACAGCAGGCCUGUUGACAUGGCCAGCUACAUUGCCAACAACGGAACCGCAGCCGGAUGUCCGGCAAAGAGAAACUUCUGCACGCCAAGUGUGUGUCAGAAUGGAGGAGUGUGUGUCAGCAAGUGGAACACAUACAGCUGUGACUGUCCAACCGGUUACGGUGGCAAGAACUGUGAACAAGUGAUGCCGUCACCUCAGUUCUUUGAUGGCAAGGCUCUUAUUUCCUGGAGCGAGCCAGACGUCACCAUUGCAAUUCCCUGGUACAUGGGUCUCAUGUUCCGGACUCGGCAGCCUGCUGGCACCUUGAUGCAAGCCAACGCUGGCCCCUCCUCUACCAUAAAUCUCAUGGUCAGCGAGCAACAAGUUCGUAUGGAGGUGUUGCUACGGCAACAAAUGGUGGCGUCAUUGACCUUUCCGCAAGUUCGGGUCAACGACGGGGAGUGGCACCACCUGCUGGUAGAGCUGAGAAGCGUAAAAGACGGUAAAGCCAUCAAAUACAUGGCUGCCGUGUCCCUGGACUACGGCAUGUACCAGACGUCCAUGGUGAUCGGGAACGACCUCCCAGGGUUGAAACUUCAAACUCUUCAUGUUGGAGGUUUGCCUGGAGAGAGCAAUCAUGUCAGGAAAGGAUUUGUUGGCUGCAUACAGGGUGUCCGCAUGGGUGAGACGUCCACCAACGUGGCCAACGUCAACAUGGCCCGCGGUCUGAAGAUCCGUGUGGAGGACGGCUGUGACCUGGCCGACCCUUGCGACUCAAACAUCUGCCCCGAGAACAGCCACUGCAGCGACGACUGGAGUACUCACACUUGUGUCUGCGAUCCCGGUUAUUUCGGUAAAGAGUGCGUGGAUGCUUGUCAGCUCAACCCGUGUGAGCACGUUUCCACGUGCGCUCGCAAGCCAAGCUCCUCCCACGGAUACACAUGUGAAUGUGGUCACAGCUACUAUGGCCAGUACUGUGAAAACAAGAUGGAGAAGCCAUGUCCUCAGGGUUGGUGGGGCAGCCCCAUGUGCGGACCCUGUGGCUGCGAUACAAGCAGGGGCUUUCACAGCGACUGCAACAAGACCACCGGGGAGUGUCGCUGCAAGGAGAACCACUACCGCCCUGAAGGAGGCGACACUUGCUACCCAUGUGAGUGCUUCUAUGUCGGUUCCCAGUCUCGGACCUGUGACCCUGUCACCGGGCAGUGCCCCUGCAAAGGCGGAGUCAUCGGCCGCCAAUGCAACCGCUGCGAUAACCCCUUUGCUGAGGUCACUACCACUGGAUGUGAAGUGGUGUAUGAAGGCUGUCCUAAAGCGUUUGAUGCGGGUAUUUGGUGGCCGAAGACCAAGUUUGGACGUCCGGCUGCCAUGAACUGUCCCAAAGGAUCUAUUGGUACUGCCAUUCGCCACUGUAGCGACGAGAAAGGCUGGUUGUCGCCUGAGCUUUUCAACUGCACCACCGCCUCCUUUGCUCAACUGAAUAAACUGAAUGAAGAACUACGCCAUAACAGCUCAAGGAUGGACAAUGAGCGCUCCAAGAACAUAGUGCGUUUGCUCCACGGCGCCACCAACGGCACCAAAGGUUACUACGGCAACGACGUGAGGACAGCCACCCAGCUGCUGAACCACGUGUUGCAUUAUGAAAGCCGCCGGGCGGGAUUUGACCUCACCGCUGCAAAGGAUGCAGAAUUCAAUGAAAAUUUGGUUCGAGCUGGAAGCGCCAUACUGAACCCAGACACUAAAGCACACUGGGAGCAAAUCCAGAAAACAGACGGGGGCACGGCUCACCUGCUUCGGAAUUUUGAGGAAUAUGCCAACACUUUGGCAAGGAACGUCAGGAAAACCUACUUGAAACCCUUCACCAUUGUUACGGACAACAUGAUAUUAUCCGUAGACUACCUUGAUGUGUCGGAUCCUCAGAAGACCACGUUCCCCCGUUUCCAGGACAUCCAAGAGAAAUAUCCCGAAGAGCUCGGGUCCUCAGUCCACUUCCCUCAAUUCAACACGCAGCCUCGGCGACACAGAGUGGAGACCACUCCAGUUCCUGCCUCUCAGACGGACACCCCACUGGUGGAGAAACAUACAGAGUCUGACAGGAGCCGCCGCCACCUUGAACCAGUUGCUCAUCUGCCAGUUGCCGUGGUGAUAGUAUAUAAAUCUCUAGGGAAGCUGCUUCCGGAGAGAUAUGACCCAGACCGCAGAAGUUUAAGAGUCCCUAACCGUCCGGUGAUCAACACAGCCAUCGUGAGCGCCACGGUACACAGUGAGGGUCCACCCCUUCCUUUGGUUCUGGACCCGCCCAUCACAUUGGAGUACUCACUGUUGGAAACAGAGGAGAGGACAAAACCUGUUUGCGUCUUCUGGAAUCACUCCAUUGCGAUCGGAGGGACCGGCGGGUGGUCCUCAAAAGGGUGCGAAGUGCUCAAGAGGAACACCAGUCACAUCAGCUGUCAGUGUAACCACAUGACCAGCUUUGCCGUGCUCAUGGACAUGUCCAAACGAGAGCACGGUGAUGUUCUGCCGCUGAAGAUCGUCACCUACACCACAGUGUCGGUCUCCCUCUUCCUGCUGCUGCUCACCUUGGUGCUGUUAUGUCUCCUGCGGCGCCUCAGCUCCAACCUGCACGUCAUCCACAGGAACCUGGUGGCCGCGCUGUUCUUCUCCGAACUCGUCUUCCUGCUCGGCAUCAAUCAGACUGAAAAUCCGUUUGUAUGCACAAUAAUAGCCAUCCUCCUGCAUUACUUCUACAUGUGCACCUUCGCUUGGAUGUUUGUGGAGGGGUUGCACAUCUACCGCAUGCUGACAGAGAUGCGCAACAUCAACCACGGUCACAUGAGGUUCUACUACGCCAUGGGCUGGGGAAUCCCGGCUAUAAUCACUGGUUUGGCUGUUGGCCUUGACCCUCAGGGUUAUGGGAACCCCGAUUUCUGUUGGCUGUCCGUCCAAGACAACCUCAUUUGGAGCUUUGCCGGACCUAUAUUUGUUGUUGUCCUGGUCAACAUUGUGAUCUUCAUCCUGGCCGCAAAGGCUUCCUGUGGUCGCAGGCAGAAAGCGGUUGAGAAAUCAGGCGCUAUCCGGGCUCUUCGCUUGGCCUUCCUCCUACUGCUGCUCAUCAGCGCCACCUGGCUGCUAGGACUGAUGGCGGUCAACAGCGACGUGCUCACCUUCCACUACCUGUUUGCCGGCUUCAGCUGUCUGCAGGGUGUCUUCAUCUUCUUCUUCCACAUCGUCUUCAACAAAGACGUGAGGAAACAUCUUAAGAACGUCUUCACAGGAAAGAAGAACCUAUCUGAGGAGACGGCCGCCGCACGGGCAGCUUUGCUCACGCGCUCUGUCAACUGUAAUAACAUGGAGGACAGCCACCUGUACCGCUCAGCCAUCGGGGAGUCCACCAUCUCCCUGGAGAGCACGCUCAGGUCAGCAAAGAGCCGCAGCAGUUACCUGGCUUAUACACUCAGGGAAGAGUCAGGCCAGAAGCCCAGUGUCUCAUCAGGAAAGGUGAAAGGACACACUGAUCUUGACGGGCCUCUCUUCCACAGAAGUGCCUCCAAGGGAGAUGACUCUGACUCAGACAGUGAACUGUCAAUGGACGAGAACAGCUCCUCCUACGCCUCGUCUCACUCUUCGGAUAGCGAGGACGACGACAUUGACGUUAAGCCCAAAUGGAAUAACGAGAGGCAGCCUGUUCACAGUACGCCUAAAGUGGCCUCGGUGUCUAAUCACAUGAAGCCGUACUGGCCAACGGAUGCCACGACAGCCAGCGAUAGCGAGGACCCUGGUGGUGUGGAGAGGCUGAGGGUGGAAACGAAGGUAAAUGUGGAGCUGCACGCUGAAAAUAAGCUGAACCACAAUGGAGAAAGAGAUAAGGAGGAACCUCAGGAUGGAGUCAAGCAGACAGCUAGCAAUGCAAAGGACACAAGUACAAUAAUAACACCAGCUGGUCAAACCAACAGCAACCACCAACCAGAGCAGAGAAAAGGUAUCUUGAAGAACAAGAUCAGCUACCCGCCCCCGCUGACCGAUAAGAACAUGAAGAACCGUCUACGGGAGAAGCUGAGCGACUACAACUCCCCCACCAUCACCUCCCCACCGCCCAACAAUAACAUGGCUUCCCCCCAGCCUCCGACUUCCGUCAACAUCAUGGCGCCUUCGUCCCGACGACCCUCGUUGGCCUCCACUGACGGAGGCGGAGGUCGUCCACAAGGCAACCACGACAACGGUUCCCUCAUCAAACCUCCCGUCGCGCCGAGACCGCAGAUUCCCAUUGAGGCGUUUCAGGCGGGAAUGUACCGUGACACCAACGGCGGGGUGGCGAUGCACUUGAAGUCGGGGACGGUCAACGGCGGCAAUGGAUCUGACUCCGAUGGCAGUAACGAGACUUCGAUCUGACCUGUUAGGGACAUUCAGACCAGCCCGCCGUUGUGAGGGGACGCGACAGGAUGGGACGGGACGGGACGGGAGGAGCGCCACAGUCGUCUCCACACCUCUCUUGGAGAGCAGUAUUAAACAGCAAACAGAAGGACUGCCUUGGAAAAAGAAGGAUAAAGGGAACAAACUGGUAUGAAACCUGUGCCAUAAAAAGGAAAUAAAAGGGGGGGUGCAGAGACUCAACACAUGAAGACUUCCCCUUGGAAUGUAUUGCAAAAUGACUUCACCGCUACGGUGCACUCUGCAUUGUGACUUCCCAUGUUGGUGGGCAAAGGUAGGAAACGCUUUGGGACCCAGAUGCAUCACCACGCAUCAACAUGUUGGUACAUUUGCAGUCCGGUCGGAUUUCAAGGACUGGAAAGCACACAAGGAACACACACAAAUGGCGCCUUUUGUUUUUCUUUUGUUGAACUGUUUUGAUCAAACUUGAACAAUCAGGAGAGCACACGUGCCUUCAUCUCGGACCGGGGGCCUUCCAAACACAUGCAUGCAUUUUAAAUAGAGCGAGAAAGCACUAAUGGAAGGACGGAGAGGCAUUUUAGCACUAGAAACCUGUGAAGCAUUCUUUACCACUUACCAAAGUCAUGAAGCUUUUGCCUAGUCACAUACUUUAUAAACUAUACACAUGCCGAAUUUGGGAACCAUCAAGAGUUUACCAUCUUGCAGCUACUUUCAGGCAACUUAAUGUUUACCGCUCACAAGGUGCCUUUUUGGACCGUACAUCCUUUCUACUGUGUUCUACCUGUGUAAUCAAUGUUGUUAAUACGUGCUUUUUUUAAUGAUCAGACACUGGAAAUGUUUUGUAACAUAAUGUAUAUUUAUUUUUUAUGGACUUUUAAAACACUGGAGUAAAAUAAUUUUGAUUUUUGCUGAAAAAUUAAA